AUGAAGAGUCGGAGCAGAAACUUAGCCACCCUGAGUUUGAUGAUAUUGACAAUUACGGUUUUGUCAUGGACGAAGAUUGUGGCUGGACAAGAAGCACUAUUAGGAAAGAAAGUAUUGCCGUUGUGCCACAGAGAAUGUAUGCCAAUAUGCAUGAAAGUGACCGAAGCUACGCAAGAGAUUUGUGUUGGUGCAUGCCAAGCGGGUUGUGUCCAGCUUCAAGGUAGAGGCACCGGACUUUCAGCCACCGAUCAAGGAGUUGAUAUGGUCAUUGCUUAG